AUGAGUAGAUUUAAUUAUUUCCUCAUUUCUGAAGGGCUCGUUGAUUUAUGGAGGAUGAAAGGGAAAUCAAUAGGAAAUCAAGAAGUUUCAGACAAUGUUCCAAUUUGGCUUAAGGUCAACCUCUUAAAUUGGGGCAAGAAUCUAUUCAUAUUUAAAGAUAAGCUUAAGCAGCUUAAGGCAAGCCUGAAGGCGUGGAAUUUGGAAGUUUUGGGGAGACAAGAAAUGGGUUUUGAGGAAGCUAUUUUGUACUUAAUAUCUCUAGAUGAUUUAGUGGGAAAUUACGUAGAACCUUUAUCCUCUAUUCUAUUUAGGUGGAUAUCUUUAACUCAAUCUCUUGUUUGGGAGCAGCUGCAUCGUAGGAAAUCAAUGCUUAGGAAAAAAUCAAGAUGUAAAUGGCUUAAAGCAGAAGACUGA